CUUGGAGCCAGAUCCACGGAUGCAACUUCCCCGGUUGCCCGGUUCUACUCCGCGUAACUCUUUUUCUUCUAACUCUUCGUACUCCCUUAUCCUCAAAUCGCCGCCUUUUAAUCCCUUCAGUCAUCAGGGUAAUAUUUAAUAAAUCUCAACAGAUCCUAUCAGAAUGCGCGCUACGAUAUUGGCUGUAGCUGGCCUCGCUAGUCAAGUCCUCGGCCAUGGUGAUCACGGCGGAUCGCAAAAGCCAAUGAUCGGCGAGAACGCCAACUGGAUAACGAAGCACAUGGCCGAGGAGCACCAUAUCAGCGAUUUCGACGCCUCGUCCUUCUUCGUCCUGCACGACUACGAUGCCGACGGCCAGUGGGAAGCCGAGGAGAUAUUGCGCACGUACGGAUUGAUGGACGAAUCGAACAAGGGCGUACCGCAAUCACGUCGCGACGAGAUUCAGCGCGAGCUACUACACCUAUUGGAUGCCAAUGGAGAUGGGCUCGUGACGCGCGACGAGUUUGUCGCUUUCAUCAACUCCGGGAAGACGCUUCCAGACAUGGGAACGGGACCUGGACACCACGGCGACGAUGAGUACGAGUACGAGAUACACCAUUGGGAGAAGUAUCACGACGAGAAUACCAAACUCGAGGACCUAACACACCCUGAAGACAUCGAACACUUCAAGAAGCACGAGAUGCUAGAAGACGAAGAGGAAAAGCUCGAGAAGCUGAACAAGAUGGCCAUCGUAGAAGAUAAUAUUCCGAGCAAGUUUAGAAGAAGCAACUAAAAAUUUUGAUUGAUACCCACUGGAUUCUAAACUAAAUACCUAAUUAGCGGGAAGGGGAGUGUUGGCAAUU